UAUAAUCUGGUCUUGGAAAAUUUUACACGAAAAGGAGAAUCUUCCAAUAUAAAAUUAAAAUGUAAUCUUGAGCAGUAAAAACAAUAUGGUUGUUCUGCAGCACCAAAGAAGACAAAACUCCAGAUCCAAAAGCCUCAGAGAACUUUGACAAAUAUGACCCAGGAGAGAUGUAGGAUGACCUAGAAUCCAAGUCUUUUAAAACAAUCUAAAACGAUUGUUUUUCAAGCAAUUACAACGCCACAGACACAUUUCUGAGCAUUUUACACUGUACUCUCAUACAAGUCCUAAGGAGUCUUUAUCACUAUUAUUUUCAUUUUCUAUUUCACAAAUGAGGAAGUGCCCAAUUCAGAGAGCACUUGCCUUCUUUUAAUAAUUAAAUAUAAUCUUGAAUUUUUCUAUGUGCAUGAAUCUUCUCCACAUCUAGGCACGUAAGUUCCACAAGGGCAGCGAUCACGUCUUUUGUAGCUGCAUUCACAUUGGUCAGUAAAUAAACAUAUGGGUAAAAGGAUUGGCGUGCGCUGUAUUUGGAGAAUUUGCUCCAAUCUUGACACUUUAAGUACAAAGGAUCUGAGUAACGACAACAACUCAAAUCCUUACAAUAAGUGGAUGCAGAAGCGUCCUGAUCUCACAGUGCUGACGCUCAUUAAACCCCAGUUGCCUGGUCCGGCAUGUUGCAAUUUACAAAGCUGAACCUCAAAAGCCAGAUUUGGGUUCUGUCCUUAAACUCCAGGGAGGAGCCAACUCUGAAGGUCCGCGCAGGAUCCGAGCACCCACUUAAGUGGGUGGUUACUGUUCCUUCUGACCCGGGUUUGGUUUGGUUUUUGCUGACAUUUCGGCUAGGCUGCGUCUGGGUGGCGAGACCCGAAGUCUCCAUCAGGCGGCCCAGGUGGGAGCGGGGCUCCAGCCCCACCCCUCUUCGGGUGUGGGCCGGAACUCUGGACGCACUCCGCCCCGCACAAAGAUGGCGCAGGGUCCGCGCUGGGCCAAUAGGGAGUGGCGUUGCUCCCGGUUGCCUGGGUAACAGCCAAUGGGCAGCGGGAAUUGCGCCCGGUGCGGCCGCCAGGGAUGGCGGCGUCAAGUGGGGCAGGCGCUGGUGGAGGUGGUGGAGAGGCUGGUGGCAGCGGCGAGCCCGGCGGAGCUGUGGUCGCGGCCGCUGGAGCCCCGCGUCGGGGCGUGAUCGUCAUCCCGAAAGGCGGAGCUCAGGAUUCUCAAAGCCCAAGACUGCUUUCUUUGUAAUUAAGAGAACUCUGACAAGAAGGUCAUACUCUGGGGAGGCUUUGGAGGAACAAUGUAAAGCUGUCACCAUGACCCUGACAAAAGGUUCCUUCACCUACUCCAGCGGGGAGGAAUAUCGUGGAGAGUGGAAGGAAGGCCGCAGACAUGGUUUUGGUCAACUGGUGUUUGCAGAUGGUGGCACCUACCUGGGUCAUUUUGAGAAUGGGCUCUUUAAUGGCUUCGGGGUACUGACCUUCUCAGAUGGCUCAAGGUAUGAGGGGGAGUUUGCCCAGGGCAAGUUUAAUGGCGUCGGAGUCUUCAUUCGACAUGACAACAUGACAUUUGAAGGGGAAUUUAAAAAUGGCAGAGUAGACGGUUUUGGCCUGCUGACUUUCCCUGAUGGUUCUCAUGGAAUACCCCGCAAUGAAGGUCUGUUUGAGAACAACAAGCUGCUGCGGCGUGAGAAGUGCUCGGCGGUCGUCCAGCGAGCCCAGAGUGCCUCCAAGUCAGCCAGAAAUCUCACUGCCUGAUGGGCGUUGUGCACCAGCUGACAAGCACUGGGCAAAGCCAUGGCCCCGUCACUCACUCGAGGUGUAUAAAUGAACCAGAUGUGAGUGGAGAUGAGAAUCCCCACAGAGCAGAAGCCUUGAGAUGUGCCCCAUCACCUGCGAGGCAGGGAUUCGAUCACACAGUCGUGAGGACUCUGGCCCCACCUUGGUGGCCCACAGCAGGGUCACCAGUUCUGUCUCUGCUUAUCUCGCUGGUUCGUAUUCUCUGUCCCUAACGCCUCAGGUUGACCAGUGCAGACCUGCUUCUACUUGAUCUCCUGCCAAGGGACACAGGAUCUCUUCAUUCUGCCUGUAUUUGGGGCAGAUGAUCCUAGCCCCAAUUAGGGCUAGUGCUUUGUGUUACCCUGGAGAAACAGAGAGAAAGAUGGGGGUGGCUUUGACAGCUCAGCAGUCCUAGGAAAGUCAAAGCCAGUGCUUUUCCAUGUGUCACCCCCUUGUUUGCUGCUGGUUGGCUUCAUGGCCCUAGGCCUUCCACUUGUCCCACCAGGUUGGUAUUUGUGUCUGCUUAGUUCCCCUGUGAAGGGUUCGGUAAGAGUGCUGUUUCCCUCUCCUGUGACUGUACAAGCUGUCUUCCUUACCUGAGUUCCAGCAGCUAGUCUGUGCCCCAUUUGUGCCUCUCUCCUUCCUUAGACACAGGACAGGAUCCCUUUUGGGGAUAGUCAAGAAACUCUUUUGAGGAGUCAUCUCAUCACAUGUAUUUAUUCCUUACUCCAGGGCAGAGGGCAGACAUUUCUGGGCCACAUCAGGCUCUACCAUGGAGUGAUUGAAUCCUUAGGGAUGGCUUUGGCUGACACAGCCCCUUCCCAGUGGAUCAGUAGGCCAGACCCACCUCCACCCCUUGGAGUUUGGGGAGAACUGGACCUAUCCUAGGAUUGCAGUGAACCAAAAGAGAAUUUGGCUCCUUACAUUUGGUUCACUGUUAACUCUUCCACCACAAGAGGCCUGGAGGUCAGAUCUUGAUGGAUGGGAUCCCUACAUAGUUCAUCACAGAGGCCUCCAGUUCUCCUGUGACCCAGACAUGCCCACUCCACUCCCAGCCCCCAUCCUCACACUGAGUGUCUCCUCAACAGCAGAUUGUGGUGGAAAUUAUAGCCGUGUGCCUCUAUUUAUUCUCUGAGUUGUACUGUAGAAACAUGUUUAUUAGGAAUAAACAAAAUCACCCGAA